AUGGAAAGUGAUAUCCGGAGCGAAGCCGGCAUCUUCCUGGUCAUCGCGGCCCUGACCACGGGGUUGGGCGUCCUUUUCGUCGCGGCUCGGAUUGCUAGCCGGACCAUCUCCCUCGGGAGGUACGGCGCCGACGAUUAUCUUUGCAUAGUGCUCAGCCUCUUCUAUCUCGCCUUCAUGUCCGUAGCCAUCAGCGUCGGCGGCGAGAGGCGCAUCAGCUCCCUUACCCACGACCAGCACAGCCGCGUCCUCUUCUACACCAUCCUCUCCGUCGUCCCCGGCAUCCUCUCUUUUACCAUCCCCAAGUUCGCCGUCGUCAUCCUCCUCUUCAAGACCUUUCAGCCCGGCCCUAUCCACCGCGUUCUCAUGCUGGGCGUCUCUAGCUUGUACGCCCUCGCCGUCUUCCUCCUGCUCGUCUUCAACUUUGCCCAAUGCGCCCCCGUCCAGGUGCAGUGGCUCGGGGCCGAGGGAAAGUGCUGGAACCCCAGGAUCUUGGUCACCUAUGGCCUCAUCGUCGGUGUACUUUCCGCCACCUUUGACUUUUACCUCGCCCUCUAUCCUACCGUAGUCCUUGCAAGGCUUACCAUGAACUGGAAGAAGAAGUUGGCUCUCUCUUCUUCUUUGGGAUUUGGCUACUGUGCUGGGGCCGUUGCCAUCUAUAAAUGCACCACGAUUACCGAACUCCCCGGCCAAAAGGAAUUUCCCUUCGCCCUCAACGAUGUCAUGCUCUGGACAAGCCCGGUUCUACGCCGCGGCCGCACGCCGACCACCCCGCCCCCGCGGUACGCCGACGACGAGUAUCCGCACGUGCUCACGAUCGGAUCGUAUCCCACGCGCAAGAGGCCCGUGGCCGACGACGACCUGUCCAGCCUCUACGGCGAGGGUCUCUACGGCGAGGAAAAGGAAACGGCGGCGCCCGACGAGGCCGCGCACCCGCUGACGUAUCCUCGGAGGGUGUACUACUCGGGGAGCUCGUACUCGGUGAGCGCGUACUCGGCGACUACGACGACGGGGGAGGAUUGGCUCGGAAGUGUACACGCUUGCGAGGCCCGCCAUGUCCCUCCCCCUCUCGCCCGGGGUCUCGCGACAGGCGUGGCCGACAAUGGUUCCCGGCACAUCCACAUCCUCGGUGUCGGUAACUUGGGGAAGCUCGUGGCGCACUACCUAGUCGCAUCGAAUGAGCGCACGCGCGUCACGCUGCUCUUUCACCGAGCAAGCUUGCUCGGGGAGUGGGAGGCUGCGAGCCGGGCGAUCGAGUGCGUGGUGGACGGUGAGGCAAAGCGGGUGUCGGGUAUGAGCUUGGAUGUUGAGGUUCUGCCGGAGGACGGGCGGCAAGAGCCGGCGGAGGAACGGUUGGAAGGGGGCUCGAUAAGGAACCUCAUCGUGGCUUGCAAGACUUUUGCGACCGUGGAAGCUUUACAGCGCGUGAGGCCGAGGUUGGGGCCAGAUUCUACCAUUUUAUUUAUUCAAAACGGGAUGGGCACGACGGAGGAGGUCACCUCAAAGAUCUUCCCUGAACCAAGCGGUCGGCCAAGGUACUGGGCCGGGAUUAGUGCCGCGGGUGUUUACAAUACUGGCCCCUUCUCGAUCGUUCACGCCGGCAGGGGCCCCUGA